AUGGAGAGCGUGGGGAAAAAUCCCAGCGACGACGAAUGUACACCAUCGUGGCUGGACAGGGAUUUCAUUGGGAGGGCUCUGAAGAACGACGAUCCUACCAUCGACGCAUCCAGUGUGGAGCUGAUUUCUGUGCAUGCAGCAGGCGGCGGCUACCUCAGUGAGACCCUCCGGGUGGUCGCGCGAUCAACUGGUGGCAGCGGAGCUGCUCGGGAGACGUCGGUGUUUGUGAAGGCUGCCCUGAAACCGACGGGUCUCGCACGCGAUGUGACAGCGUUUGGAGUGUACGAUAAGGAGGCGAUCGCUUACGGCCACUUUCUGCCCUCGUUGCACUCCGCUCUGAAGGAGGUCGAAGGCCGAAAGUUUCAGCCACUGGCGCCGAAACUGUACCUGCAAGGAUCGGAACCGCUGGUGUUCAUGGUGCUGGAGGACCUGUCCGCCACAGGCUUCCGGCCGUGGCCGCAGGGAGACAACCUGGACCUGGCCGCUUGCACCACCGCCAUCAGGGCCGUGGCCCGCAUGCACGCCGCCUCUGUUUGCCUCCUCAGUCACGAGCGGUACUCGACAAAAGUCUUUCACCAGUCAUUCGUAUUCAACGAAUUUGUGCUCCAGCGUCUCGAUGAAGACGAGGCUGCCUUUAAGGAGGACCUGCGAAUCUUGGACGAGAAUCCGUGGUUCCGCAAGUAUACGGACAAACUGCGCGCCUGCGCGAGGGUCCUGCUGGAGACACCUGUACUGAGGGUGAAGUACUGUGCCGUCGACUUCAAGGUCAUGCUCCAUGGAGACCUGCACAAAAACAACAUGAUGUUCCGCACCGAUGAGGACGGUUCGCAAGUCCGUUUGUAUGAUUUUCAGGGCUUGCACGUGGGGUCUCCAGCGGAAGACCUGCAGUACUUUUUACACUCCAGCGCCAGCCUGGAGGUGCUGCAGCAGCACACAGACCUGCUGCUGUCCGAGUACCACAGCACCCUGCAGCACACACUGUGGGCCCUGGGGCUGCAGCAGCAGGCGGAUACCUACCCGCUGGAGCAGCUGCGCAGAGACAUGGACCACUUUGGGACAGUAGCUGUCAUAACAGCCUUCAAAAUCCUGCCGUUCUUACUCCGGACCGACGACAUGGGGCCUCCGCUUGACUCACAGUCUGAAAACUUUCAGGAGCAAAUGGAGAAGCUCCGCCGAACAUCCUGUAGGAGUGAGAAGUACUUAAGGUACUUAGAGUGUCUCUUGCCUGUCUUCGACUCCAAGGGAUAUUUCGAAUCAUGA